AUGAAAGUAUCGCGAUACGCUGAGCUGCAGGAGAAAUUCAUCCAAUUCAACGGCGCCAUUGGGGCCAUUGAUGCACUAAUCGGCGACCUAGACUCUCGCAGCCAAAGACCUCUCGCAGCCAAAGACCUCACGCAGCCAAAGACCUCACGCAGCCAAAGACCUCACGCAGCCAAAGACCUCACGCAGCCAAAGACCUCACGCAGCCAAAGACCUCACGCAGCCAAAGACCUCACGCAGCCAAAGACCUCACGCAGCCAAAGACCUCACGCAGCCAAAGACCUCACGCAGCCAAAGACCUCACGCAGCCAAAGACCUCACGCAGCCAAAGACCUCACGCAGCCAAAGACCUCACGCAGCCAAAGACCUCACGCAGCCAAAGACCUCACGCAGCCAAAGACCUCACGCAGCCAAAGACCUCACGCAGCCAAAGACCUCACGCAGCCAAAGACCUCACGCAGCCAAAGACCUCACGCAGCCAAAGACCUCACGCAGCCAAAGACCUCACGCAGCCAAAGACCUCACGCAGCCAAAGACCUCACGCAGCCAAAGACCUCACGCAGCCAAAGACCUCACGCAGCCAAAGACCUCACGCAGCCAAAGACUGGCAAAUCAACCAAUAACCUCCUGACUGGCAAGGGCGAGCCCCAAGAUCUCUCUUCCAGCUAUGGCACCGUGCCAGCCAGGAACUCGGACGCUUGCAGGAAAGAUUCCUGCUGCAUAUGGAAGCACAUUGCCGAUAAAAUUCACGAUUCCAUGGUGGAAGGCAAAGCAUGCAACGGCGUCGCCCGCGGUGCUAUCCGCCUGGGCUUCCAAAACGCAGGGAGCAGGUCCAAGAGCACCGGUAAAGCCGGCGGCGCAGACGGAUCCGUCAUUCUAGCAACGAAUGCGAAGACAGUCUGCUCCCAGAUGAGGAAGUAG